AUGAUUUGAACUAGUUUAUGCUAAACACUGGUUCUUGGCAGUUAUCGGGUUUACCUACUCAACACAGGGGGCUGCCAGCACAUGCAAAACUCGUUCAGGGCGCGAAUGACAGAUUAUUACACUUUGGGGCACCGAAAACUGUGUGAAACCUAGCAGUUGCUGUCCGCACGUGUGGCCGUAAAACAGCUUAACAAAGUCUCUGUCUUGGACCGGACACCUGUAGAGAUGGACGGGUUCGGGUCAGACUCCUCAGCAGGCGGGUCCGGCGGUAAAAUAGACACCGGGACCAUCAUGGAGCAGGUUAAGGUCCAAAUCGCGGUGGCUAACGCUCAGGAGCUCCUGCAGAGAAUGACUGAUAAAUGCUUCAAGAAGUGCAUAGGGAAGCCUGGAAGCUCAUUGGACAAUUCUGAGCAGAAAUGUAUCGCCAUGUGUAUGGACAGAUACAUGGACGCCUGGAACACUGUGUCCCGAACAUACAACUCCAGGUUGCAGAGGGAACGAGCCCGCAUGUGAAAAAAAACCCCCAAAACUCUCUACCUCCUUCCCUUCAUCGGGUCGCUGCUGCUUAGAAUGAGGACCAGUGCAUCGCUGGAGGUCCCCAUGCGGGUGUAGAACGUCAGCAGCACAACAUACCCCUCUGUCAUAAUAAUAGACAGAGGGGAGACCUGUGGACUCUUACCCGUAACAGCAUCUCUGUGGAUAUUUUUAUUUUGACUCUUGAGGUAAAGAUCGCCAAUACAGUUUAAUUUUCCUAUGUUAUAUGUAAUAAAUGCAGUAACUUGUGGUGCAAAGGUCGGAUGUUUGACUGGGAAAAUAAUCAGACUGGACAGAAACACUUUACCUGUUAACAUGGGUACAUUCAAGGAAAAACGGAAGACAACAAAGCUGCACCCUAGAGCCCUCUAGAAAAUUGGAUACAAAAGAAAAUUCCCUUCUUGAAAAAUUAUACAUUUUUACCCUUUAAAUUGUCACCCAUUAGCUAUGCAUUUUUGAAUUGAUCCCACCUCUAAUUCUGCAUUUCUUCUGCAGCUACAGGAUCCUCCUCAAACGCUCACAAAUCUUUGACUUAGAUUAAGUUGGCUGACCCUUGAUGUGUUAAUGUUAUUGGAUUAAGCUUGCCCCAAUUGCUAACUCCUGCAAACACCUCGGUCCCACAGGAGAGGAGUUGUUCUUUAUUACAUCUGAAAUCCUGUAUCUGAGAAUGUCAUAUUCUAUGCUAAAACGUAAACAAUCAAAACUUAUUUAAUAUCUACUAGUUAUAUUAAACACAGUAUGGACUUGUUGGCAACAAUUACUGGAACUUCUAAUGAAGGAAGCGUCUUUAAAGACUCACAGCUGACAUUCACAGCCCUCCAGCCGGCCUAUAUCAAACUACAGCUGAAGAACAAAACUGUUUUGUCUGACAUGUUUCCUAUGUGUUACUCUAUCUGCUGCCCUUCCACAGUGGUGGACUUGUUUCAUCCAAGGUCUGCCUCACAUGGUUAGGAUACAACACCGUUCUCAGCUUUGUGUGUGUAGCUGGUCAGGCGUACACACCCUCCUGCGUAUAGUGAGAGAAGCCUGUAAACGUCAACUGCAGAGUGAUUGUGUGCAAAAAGAAAGUAUUUUAAUGGAAUAAAAUCAGUAAAUCUA